AAUAGCCCUAAAACUGCACUUAAUACUCUCUCUCUCUUCUUUCUCUUGUCUCUCCCAUCUCCAAGGAGAGAAAGAAACACAGAACGAAGAAGAAGAAAGAAAGAAGAAUCAAAUCUAUAUAAUAAAGUGUGUGUUUGUGUUCAUCAUUCUCCUUAAUCACCCAUCAAUUCAGAUCAAUUCAUCAGGAGAAAUGAAGAGGGUCAUAGAAGGAUCCGGGUCUAUUUGGAAGAGGAAAAUGACAGAAAUAGAUCAGAAAGAGAUUGGAUCUAUUAACAGUACCUCCUCAAUCGCAAUCACCCCACAAACAACAACAAAAGGCGGCAAGAAGAAAACGAAGGGAGUGAAGAAGAAGAAGAACAAACCAAAACAACCCCCACUUCUGUUGUUUCAUGAACUGCCAGAGUAUAUGAAAGACAAUGAGUACAUUCUCAGACAUUAUAGAGCCAAUUGGUCCAUUCGUCAAGCCUUUCUCAGCUUAUUUCGAUGGCAUAAUGAGACUCUCAACGUAUGGACACACUUAAUUGGGUUUGGAUUGUUUCUGAGUUUGACCAUGGCUAAUUUCCUACCUGUUCCUCAUUUGGUUGAUUUCCUUUGUGUAUUUCCGAGUUCUUUACCGGUGAGGUCAGAGGCUAACACAUCCCAGAAUUUAAUGUAUCCAGUCCCAACAAAGCUAAUUGAUCUAAAUCAGCCAUCAUCAACUGAAAUGGAUUGGGCAUCAUCAAGUUCACCUGCGGUGGUGGAGAAAUGGCCAUUCUUUAUAUUCCUCGCCGGAGCAAUGUUCUGUCUACUCUCAAGCAGCAGUUGUCACCUCUUCUGUUGUCACUCACACAACCUAAACAUCUUCCUAUUAAGAAUAGAUUAUGUUGGAAUUGCAGUAAUGAUCAUCACCUCCUUCUUCCCUCCAAUCUAUUACAUCUUCCAAUGCCAACCCUUAUGGCAAAUCCUUUACUUGAGUGGAAUAUCCGUGAUGGGUACAAUCACAAUCGUUACUUUGCUCACUCCGACCUUCUCCUCUGGUAAAUAUCGCGGAUUCAGGGCUUUACUGUUUGUGGGUAUGGGUCUUUUUGGUUUGAUUCCUGCUGUUCAUGGAACUGUGGUUAAUUGGAAUGAACCGAGAAGGAAAGUGAUUCUGGCUUAUGAGUCUGCAAUGGCUGUGUUUUACUUGACGGGGACAGGGUUUUAUGUUAGCCGAAUUCCGGAAAGGUUUAAACCUGGUUGGUUUGAUCUAGCUGGGCAUAGUCAUCAGAUUUUUCAUGUAUUUGUUGUAUUGGGAGCAUUGGCUCAUUAUGGUGCUGCAUUGAUAUUCUUGGAGUAUAGAGAAAAAGUUGGAUGCUGAUCAAAUUUCAAUUAUUUAUCUUAUUUAAUAAGAGAGAUCAAUUUGUUUGAGGUUUGGUUUAGGCAUUAUUUAUUAUUAAUUAUUCACAUGUAAUGUAAAACAACAAGGACAUAUCAUCAUUAUUAUAUGUUUUUCUUUCUUUUUUCUUUA